AUGGAUGAUCUCGAAAUCGACCCAGCUAUUGCAGAAGCAAUGGGCUUCACCAGCUUUGGCAGCAAGCGUCGCAAACACGCCGCACGCGCAGACGACGCCUUCGUCGACGACAGCGGCAACCAGAUCCCAGCCAGCACGGGCGCGAACGAUAUUCCCUUGGGUGCUAGACCAGUACCAAGCGCUGCAGCAGAAAGAGUGCAAGAGCCAGGAAACACAGAGCACAAAGCUGCAUCGAUGGCAAGAGUGGACGAUACACAAAACGAGCAGCCAAGAGCUGUGGAAGCAAAAGCGGGAGAGGUGCAACAAGAUGACUGGACUCCUGGCUUCCCGGCUCCUCAAGAACUUGCGGCACUUAGACGUGGUGUCAAGAAUGCGAGAGGUGAUAUGGUUGUCUUCAUGCCGUCUUUCAUCGAGGAUCCUUGGAAAGGAGUUGUUUGA